GCCAUUUUCUUCAUAGCUGUGGUAAAUUCAGAUGCCAAUGAGGAAGUGGAGACAGUGCCUGAGCAGCAUACCAUCAACAGCUUUAUAACACAAAACCUCAAUGUAUGGUGGAGUGCGAGUGCCAAUGGCUGCUAUGGAUGCCAUCGGGGUGUUACGCACCAAUCCUCUGGACGACUACGAGCUGAUCCGUCGCAUUGGGAGCGGAACGUACGGCGAUGUUUUUAAGGCACGGAACAUUCGGACAUCUGUCAUUGCAGCCAUCAAAGUGGUCAAACUGGAUGCUGGAGAUGACAUAUCAAGCAUACAGCAGGAGAUCACCAUGAUGAAGGGCUGCAUGCACAAAAACAUUGUGGCCUAUUUUGGCAGCUACUUCAGAAACAACAAACUGUGGAUCUGCAUGGAGUUCUGUGGAGGAGGGUCACUGCAAGACAUCUACCAUGUGACCGGCCCUCUAAAAGAGAGACAAAUAGCAUUUGUAUCCAGAGAAACGCUUCAGGGACUACAUUAUUUACAUGUGAUGGGAAAAAUGCACAGAGACAUAAAAGGAGCCAACAUUCUUCUGACUGAGCGGGGAGAUGUUAAACUAGCGGAUUUUGGGGUUGCAGCCGAGAUAAAUGCAUCAGUCAUGAAGAGAAAGUCUUUUAUUGGCACUCCCUACUGGAUGGCGCCUGAGGUAGCAGCUGUAGAGAGGAAGGGUGGCUAUAACCAGCUGUGUGACAUCUGGGCAGUGGGCAUUACAGCCAUUGAACUAGCAGAACUCCAGCCACCUAUGUUUGAUUUACACCCGAUGAGAGCUUUAAUGCUGAUGUCCAAAAGCAGCUUUCAGCCACCCAAACUGAAGGACAAGGCCAAAUGGUCGACAGAAUUUCACAAUUUUGUUAAGAUGUCACUCACCAAGAGUCCCCGGAAGAGACCGACUGCUGAGAAACUCCUGCAGCAUGCUUUUGUUACCCAGUUGCUGACACGUAAUCUGGUCAUAGAAUUGCUUGACACUGCCAACAAUCCUGAUCUUCAGCGUCCUCAGACUAUGGAUGACACUGAUCUUGAGACUUGCAGUGCUUUUCCGGAUAAGAUUACAUCUUUAGGAAAACACAUAACUGCUGGAAAAACCCUUUCCGAAGAGAAAUUUGAUCAUGUGAAGUUUGGCCCACCCAUGCGGAAAGAGACAGACCCCUGCCCUGAUUCACUGGCAUUAUAUGAUGAGUGGAGCUCCAUUGGAGAUAAAAACGAAUCUCCGAGCCUGCUAGAGUGUGUUGAGGAAGCUUUGAUGGAAAGGAGCUUAACUAUAAAGAAAGCACCGUCGAGCGAGUACUCAUCAACCGAAGAGGACAAAUAUGGCACAGUGAAGAGGGUGGUCUCAAAACCACAGCCAGCUAAUCUUCAUUUCUCCACAAAUCAAGAUAAAAAUGCUUCCACCCCCUCUCCAAAUUCCUCCCCCCUCAUCGGGUCAACCCCCCGUACUGGCGCUAACCCUACCCUUCUUGGUGAAACAGCUUUGCUGAUCGGCUCAACUGCUUCUGAUCUCUCGCUCCUCACAAACUCCACCUUCUUUGCUGACUCUUCAUUUUUAGAUGACUCUUUCAGUCUUGGAUCACUUUGCACAACUCCAACUGAUGGACGUACCAUUGUGUUAGAGCCGGGAGGAACCAGUGGUCACUCUCCUCCUAGGCAGCCGCUCUCACCUGAAUGGAGCACGCUCAGGAGAAAGACGGAAGAGUUGAAAGGUGAUGUUCAUGGACUGCCACCAACACCCCAAGUGCAUAUGGGAGCCUGUUUCUCCAAGGUCUUUAACGGCUGUCCAUUGAAGAUUCAUUGUGCUGCUACAUGGGUUUUGCCCAAGACAAAAGAUCAGCACCUGAUCCUGGGUGCAGAAGAGGGAAUUUACACACUCAAUCUCAACGAGCUUCACGAGGACACAAUGGAGAAGUUGCUCCCACAGAGAUGCAGCUGGCUUUAUGUCAUGAACAAUGUUCUAAUGUCUAUUUCAGGAAAAUCUUCACAGCUAACGUCACAUAGUCUGCCAGCACUGUUUGAGUAUCGUCAAAACAUGCAGCGGCGCCAAGGUCACCUGGCUAUUAACGCCCACCGUCUGAGCACAAGAAUCAACUCAAGAAAGUAUGCUAUGUCUGUGAAGAUCCCAGAUACCAAGGGCUGUAGAAGGUGCAGUGUAGUGCGUAACCCAUACACAGACAGCGUGUUCCUGUGUGCAGCAGUGCCGAGUGGCCUGGUUCUUCUCAUGUGGUAUGAACCAAUGCAGAAGUUCAUGCAACUUAAACACAUACCUCUAAACCUGCCUGAAUCUCUGCCUAUCUUUGAGCUGCUGGUGCAAGAGUGUGAUGAACUGCCACAAGUGUGUGUGGGGGUGCACUGCAGAAAUCACAGUGUAGAAGACACCAUUGAACAACUACACUUUAAUAUCAUCCAUCUUGACGACACACCUUUAAAACAGCCAGAUGAAGAAUGUCUCAAAGUGAAACAAGUAACUCAGCUGGACAGAGACACAGUUCUUGUAGCUCUGGAAAACACUGUAAAGCCAGUAAAUCUGCAGGGCUGCCCCAGCAAAGUCAUGGCUUCCAAACUCACUUUUGACUUCUCCAUCGAGACUCUGGUUUGUUUACAGGAUAGUGUUCUUGCCUUUUGGAAACAUGGACUUAAGGGGAGAAGUCUUCAGAGUUCCGAGGUCACACAAGAGAUCACAGAUGAGAGUCGUAUCUUUAAAGUCCUGGGGACAAACAGGAAUAUCAUCUUGCAGAGCACCCCCACAGACGACCCAUCUGCCCCUAGCAACCUGUAUAUACUUACUGGCCAUGAGAGCAGCUAUUAAUGUGACUCAGGACCCUGCCAACUUAAGCAACAGUCAUGGAGAAAUUACACUGCUACAGAUGAAAGAGAACUCCUCACACCUCAACUGUGGGAAAAGAAUGAGGUCAGCAGCAUUUCUGCCAAGUGUCGCUCAGAAACAAGAAGAAGAGAAAAGAAGAAAGACUGACCCGCCAGAGGUUCUGCCUUUAUAGUCUUCAAUGCAAAUGAACAGAGGGAGAAGAAAAUGACUACAAGUAAAACUGCAGAAAGGCUGCAUUAACAAGAACACAUGAUUCACCAGGACUGUACUGUAUGAACAAUAUUGAUGUUUUAUUAAUGACAAGGGUAUUAAGAAGAAUUUAACUGAUGGAUGGACAGUUCAGUGUAGCAAACUGCAGCGCUUGUGCUGUUCUUUGUCUGUCAUGCUACAGCAAAUCCUAAAUGUAUCUGGUGCUGUAAUUGUUCUGUAUAAUGUGAUGUGUGUUUUGUAGGCAGUUGAAUUAUUUUACAAUUGGUAAGAAUAGUGAUACUGUUUACUUCUCAUCCUGAUUAAUAAGGAUGUAGGCUAUUGUACUGUGAAAGGAUGAAUGUAGCAAUGUUAAUAAUCUGAGUCAACAAAAUAUUACUAAAACACAUUAAAAAUAUAAUCCACUUGG